AUGCUGUUUGCGGCAUGGCUCGCAGCCUCAACUUGUCUAGGAAAUCGUCUGCGCAAUGAGCGGGAUUCAGGACGGCAAUACUUCGGCGCAUACGGACAGAGCUAUCUCCGAACCAUGGCCAAUUCUGGUCCCGCAAUGUCGGAGCAGAUUGAACUCGACGAUAUGCUGGCUGAACCGGGAACUCGUCGUGAUUUCCAGGAGGAUUACUGA